CUGCAACACGGUGCGUUUUAACUCAAACGAAACGCAGUCGUAGUAGAUUGUAGAACCUUGAGGCGACGCCGUUUCGAACUUACGAAUCUAUCAUAUCCUUAAUUCGUCGCCGUCGUCGUCUGUGUCCCUCCCUGAUAUCAUUCGCCGGAGUGAUCGUUAAAGACUCAGAGAUACGAUCAUCAGUUCCAAUGGAUGUCUCCUUACCAGUAGAUAAAUUAUCUAUUGGAUCAACACCUGAGGACAAAACUUAUGUAGUGCUUGUGGCAACUGGGAGUUUCAAUCCUCCAACUUUCAUGCAUUUACGCAUGUUUGAGCUGGCGAGAGAUGCAUUACACUCAGAGGGAUCUCAUGUUAUUGGAGGCUAUAUGUCCCCUGUAAAUGAUGAAUACAAGAAGAAGGGGCUCUUAUCUGCAGAGCAUCGUUUAGAGAUGUGUAAUCUGGCCUGUAAAAGCUCCGACUUUAUAAUGGUUGAUCCGUGGGAGGCAUCCCAAGACAGCUACCAACGAACUUUGGUGGUUUUAUCAAGGGUCAAGACUUUCCUUACAAACAAUCGACUUGUACCCGAAGAAUCUCUCAAAGUCAUGCUAUUAUGUGGCUCGGACUUACUGGAAUCUUUCUGCACUCCCGGUGUGUGGAUCCCUGAACAGGUAAAGACUAUCUGUGAAGACUAUGGCAUUGUGUGCAUCCGUAGAGAAGGACAAGAUGUCGAAAAUAUCAUCUUUGGUGACAAAACCUUAUACGAAACUCGUGAUAACAUCAGAAUCGUCAACAAUUUUGUUCCUAAUCAGAUCAGUUCGAGUAGAUUAAGGCAAUGCAUUUCGCGAGGAUUAUCCGUCAAGUACUUGACUGAAGAUGGAGUAAUAGAUUAUAUCAGGCAAAAUCAACUAUACACUGAGCUCACAUGACAGAAGCUGAGAGGAUUAUUAAUUACUUGGUCAGAUCAAUAUUAUUACUACACAACCCAUUCAAAUAAUCGUGUGAUAAUCAGAUGUAAUACUGAAAUCGGUAAUUUAAUAUUAUUAAUUAUCAAGUUUCUGUAUCA